AAGCAAAUAAGAAACCUACAAUAUGCUACGAGCUGGCAACAAAAUUAGUUCCCGGAAGUCUUUGUCUUCAAGGCGGCCAAUUCCAUAUUUUGUUAGGACUUAGGGACGAGUCUUUGAAUUAAUCUGAUUUUUUUUGUGACAAAUUAACCCUAGUAGCCGCUUUCAAAUUAUAUGUCAUAAGCCAUUAUUGGGUAUAUGUUUAAGAAUCUACUUACUUUGGUUUUGAAAUUUUCAUUUUGCUUUGAAAAUUUCAUUCUCUGAUAACUUGGAAAAGAUGACAAAUUCAAUCAUCUUGAAUCGGUAGUUUCGUGAAAUUGUAGCUGUAUAUAUAUGUAUACAAUUUGCUCUUCAACUCUGAAUUCAACAAACGAAAGCUUUCUGCAAUGCUUUUCAUCUCAUUUAUUUCCUUCAAACAUAAGUUCUGAUGUUAUCUUCAGCCAAAAAAGUUCUCAAUAUUUAUCUAUAUUGCAAUCUUCCAUACGAAAUUCAAGGUUUUUGAACGCUUCAAAACCGCAAUACAUAGUCACCCCCUACAACGAAGCUCACAUCCAGGCAGCCGUAAUCUGCUCCAGGGAACAUCACAUGCAAGUUAGAGUUCGAAGUGCAGGACAUGACUAUGAAGGCCUCUCCUACACAUCUGAUGUUCCAUUUAUAAUUAUAGAUCUUUUCCCAAUCCGGUCUAUCACUGUAGACAUAAAAAAUGAGCAUGCAUGGGUUGGGGCAGGUGCAACUCUUGGCGAACUAUACUACAACAUUUCUGGCUUAAGUAAUGUCCAUGGAUUCCCUGCGGGGAGUUGCCCCACUGUAGGUGUGGGGGGACACAUCAGCGGAGGUGGAUUUGGUACUAUAUUCAGAAAAUAUGGUUUAGCAGCUGACAAUGUUAUUGAUGCCAAGAUGGUUGACGUUAAUGGAAAUAUUCUUGACAGAAAGUCCAUGGGAGAAGAUCUUUUUUGGGCCAUCAGGGGAGGCGGAGGAGCGAGCUUUGGAGUUAUUUUCUCCUGGAAAGUUAGAUUGGUUCGUGUUCCUGCAACCGUUACUGUUUUCAGUAUUGGAAAGACAUUGGAACAAGGAGCAACCAAACUUCUCAACAAGUGGCAAACCGUUGCAGAUAAACUUCCCCAAGACCUUUUCAUCCAUGCAGUUAUAGGAGUAACUAGUGCAAAUUCAAAUGGAAAUAAAACUGUCCAAGUUUCCUUUGAUGGCUUGUUUCUUGGGACCGCUGAAAGACUCCUCUCUUCGAUACAGAAUAGUUUCCCUGAGCUGGGUGUAACUCGAGACAACUGCACUGAAAUGAGUUGGAUACAGUCUGUCCUUUAUUUUGCUGGUUACUCAAUCACGGAAUCCGUAGACGUUUUGAUUAACAGGACAACGCAAUCUACGCAGCUGUUCAAAGCCAAAUCGGACUAUGUGAAGGAAGCAAUUCCAGAAACAGGGCUAGAAGGACUAUACAAAAUGCUUGUGGAAGAAGAGAGUUUGCAGUUGAUCCUGACACCCUACGGAGGAAGGAUGAGCGAAAUUGGGAGUUCAGAAACUCCUUUCCCUCAUAGAAGUGGAAAUCUAUACGGGAUCCAGUACAUCCUUUAUUGGGAAGCUCCAGAGGAAACAGAGAAGCACAUAGGGUGGAUGAGAAGGGUGUACAAGUACAUGGAACCCCAUGUCUCUAAAUCUCCAAGGGCUGCGUAUUUCAACUACAGGGAUCUUGAUUUGGGGAGGAACCGUAAGAGAAAUACUAGCUAUGCAGGAGCAAGAGUAUGGGGCUUGAAAUACUUCAAGAAUAAUUUCAACAGACUCGUUCGUGUAAAGACUUCAACUGAUCCUCACAACUUCUUCUGGAAUGAACAAAGCAUUCCGGUACUACAGUGAAACAAUGAAUAGAUUGCACUGUUUUGUGCCUUUCAUUAAAAUUACUUUACGACGAUAAAAAGUGUUGUGUUGCUUUGUUUCAAAUACAAAAACCCAAACUGAAAAUGAUUACAAUUGCCUACUAUCAAUAAAUUUGGGAACUUUCAUUAAUAUGCAUUUGCAUAUAUGCAGUUU